AUUUUCUGGUGGCUCCAUUCAAAUUUGAGGAAAUCACUCUACAAUUGAAUUUUUUUUUUACUUUGCUCUUAUAUCCUGUAGUAUCUUUUGCUUGUCAGCCAAAAUAAUCACCAUUGCCUGCUUUCUCCUCAGUUGGAUUCUUUGCUUUUGAUGUUCCCUUUUACUUACUCUCCUCCUAUGGCAGCAACUUCUGGCUCUAAAGACCCAUCUGUAUCUGAAACAGAGCUUGGUUUUGGAGCCCCCCUGAAAUGUUCUUUAGAGCCAGGAGAAGAAAAAUUUAUGGAUUGUCAAGUCUGAACCUGGUGGCCUUAGUCCUUCAGGUGAAACACUGUGCGACAUGGGAAAGAAAACCAAGCGGACAGCUGACAGUUCAUCUUCAGAAGAUGAGGAGGAGUAUGUCGUGGAGAAGGUGCUAGAUAGGCGCGUGGUUAAGGGGCAAGUGGAGUAUCUACUGAAGUGGAAAGGCUUUUCUGAGGAGCACAACACUUGGGAACCUGAGAAGAACCUGGAUUGCCCUGAGCUAAUUUCUGAGUUUAUGAAAAAGUAUAAGAAAAUGAAGGAGGGUGAAAAUAACAAACCCAGGGAGAAGUCAGAAAGUAACAAAAGGAAAUCCAAUUUCUCAAACAGUGCUGAUGAUAUCAAAUCCAAAAAAAAGAGAGAGCAGAGCAAUGAUAUUGCUCGGGGCUUUGAGAGAGGACUGGAGCCAGAGAAGAUCAUUGGGGCAACAGAUUCCUGUGGCGAUUUAAUGUUCCUAAUGAAAUGGAAAGACACAGAUGAAGCAGACCUGGUUCUUGCAAAAGAAGCUAAUGUGAAAUGCCCACAGAUUGUGAUAGCAUUUUAUGAAGAGAGACUGACGUGGCAUGCCUAUCCUGAAGAUGCGGAAAACAAAGAGAAAGAAACAGCAAAGAGCUAAAGGAGGGGGUGGUCUCUGUUAUUUCUCUUUGUACAUAAUACAUUCACCUCCCUGCCUCCUCUCCCCUCUACCCACCCCUUCUAUCCUAAACACAUCCAUAAAAAAAAUGUGCUUAUCACUGUGCUCCACGGGAGAAAUGUUGGUAUUGGUUCUCUUGUAACAUAACUGAUGGUCUGAUUCAUGAUAAGUGUCUAUGUGAAGAUCAGGCAUUUACAUACUGUGUGUAAUUCCCACUAUCUUUUCCUUUGCCCUUAUCUCUUCCUUCUGUUCCCCUGUGACCUCAAAAUGAGUUUUAACUUUUAAUCACCAUAGAGUCUUGAUCUUUUCAAGAUUGGUCACUUUUUAGAUUAGGGGAUUUUGUUACACUGAUGGUGAAUUUUGGUUUCUUGCUUUGGUUCGUAGAACAUGUUAUGACCAGCUGGCCUUUGUUUUGAGAUAUUGGGAUGGAAGGGAUGUUGCCCAUCUUUUUAAAAAGCCAACAGCAACUGCCUACCUUCUGGGGCUUUCCCAAUCUCAUUCGGCCCUACCCAAGAGAAUACAGGGUUCUUGGAGUGGUCUUCUAGGCCGCCCUCUGUUGUUCAUCCUCACCCAUCUUUCCAGAAUAAUUCCAUCCUUUCGAGGACUGGAAAAUUUACAGUGAAAUUUGUUGAGGCACUCCAUUAACCCCAGGACUUUUGGCCUUGUUUCUUAGCAUUAGCAAUCCCUGAUUCUGCUUCUGCAAGGUGGUGUCAGUCUGCCAUAACGUGACAAGAUCAUUAGCUGUGGAGUUUUUAGCUAUAGUACAUGAGGAUGAUGGGGUAGGGGUAGUAUACACUUGGCUUUAUUAGUAUCACAUAUGGAACAUAUGUAUUAUUUCCUUCUAUUCUUCAUAUUUGGACUUUGUAUUUAUGUAGGUGUGAGUAACUGCCUGGUGCUUGCUUGUGCCAAGGUGCUAGGCACCCUCCAACCCUGCCAACUUUUGUGGCCUCCCAAAGCAUUCCUGUUACCAAAGAGGCUUCAUACCUGACCCUCACACCUCAGCGGACUUAAGUUUCCCCUCCAUGCCAUUGUUUUCAGUGGUUAAUUCUUAGAGGAGAGCCAUUGGCCACGAUAUCAAUUUUAAAUGUACAUAGCAUUUAUAAUCGUAAGUUACCUGCUUUCUUGACUUUUGGAUUUGCUACCACAAGUCCCCAAAGUAUUAAUGCGCUUCCCUUUUUCUUCUCUCAAACUCUUAGUUGUAUCUUAUUUUUUAAAAUGCAUUUUCAUGAAAGACUGUCACCUCAGAAAGUAACAGGUCCUGGCAUUAGCAUGUGGCACAACUUUUUCUCCCUAGCUGGCAAAAUGUUUCCCCUUUGGUUUCCUCCUACUUUGCCAUUAUUAUAGUACGAGAUUAUUUUUCCUGACCAUAUCCUUCUGCCUUUGUCCCCCAAGCAAUGCCCUACUUCUCCUUACUCUUUCCUUGUAGUUGAAGGGGGUACUAGAGAAUCAGGACUAAAAGUAAGGAAAAAGCAGGGUUUUGAGCAUCCUUGUCCCAGCACCAAAGCUGAGGGAAUAAGAAGAAAUGCUUGAAAUAGCCUUAACUCUAGAGUUCACCAGCCACUGAGGCUGUUUGUGUUGUUCCUUUUGAUUUUUAAAACGUAUCGCUGUCUGGCCAGGAGCAUUCAACCAUUUCUGGAUUAUUCAGAAUAAUGAGGGGAAUGGAUGGAUUGCUCCAGUCCACAGAUGAGCCAAAUAAUAUGCAAAUCAUAUACCCAUUCAUCUCAUUUGUUAACAUUGCUUCCCUGCUCAGCUGCUGAUUGAAUUCUGUGUGCUUGUAUAAAUUAUGUCAAAAAUUAUACUGCACAGUCAAGAAGACAGCUGUUGCUGCAGUGACGUGACAGACUAGAACAAUGAAGCUUUUGGUUUAAGUCAUCCAGGAAAGUCCUUCUGAAUGGUGUUGUGAUUGGGUAAGAACUUAUAACCCAUACCUCAAGUGGUUGGAAGGUUUAUCUCCAUCUUCCUUUGCUCUCUCCCUGAAGGAAUUAGAGACCUAAAUCAAAUGCUAGGUAAUUGACAGUUGCUAAUACUUAAUCCGAUGGGCAUCGAAAAGAAAGGAAGGGUGGUGAGGGAACAGAUUUGUCAUACAGGUAACCAAGGAUAUCAAUUAGAAUAGACAAGAAUAGGACAAAAGAGGUCAGAGGCCCUGAGGAGGUGAUUGUGUCUCUCAAAUUGCAGCUAAGAAAAUGACAGUCUAUCCAUGUUGCUAGUGUGUACCUCCCAGUAGCAGUGGGCAUGUAAACUGCAGUUACUAUAUUUUUUAAAUCAAAAAUCUAUCAUGUGCACAAAGAACACAACAGAAUAUUUGGUACUGUACUGUAGGUCCUGAGAGAUCCUAGGGCAUGUGGCUGCUGUGGUCGUAAGUAAUAUUUUAGACAUUAGUCAAAAUCUGAUUUUCUUUUAACAGAAUAAUCCACUAGUAUCUAUUGCUCGUCACCACUUUAAUACAGUUCAUUCCAUUCAUCUUUUUUCUGUCCUUAGUUUAUUGAAUCAUGGUCCUGUACUAUCGCCAAAACAACUUUUGUUCUCUUUCUGCCUACCCCCAGCUGGUUCUGUAGGAAUGUAGGGAGCCAGAGGCCAAUACUGAUUUCAGGCCUCAGCACAAAGGGAGCCAGAUGCCUGCCUAUGCCUCUGGUAUUUGUCAGUGCUGGGUGACUGUCCUGGCCCUUGGAGAAUGGCAGCCUGAAACAGAAACCUGUUUUCAUAGAACUUUCUCUUCAGAAGGGUUAGUCAUGGCUAAGAACUCUUUUCUUUUUCCUUUUUUCUUUUGACUGAGCACUCAACCUAGGUCUCACAUUCUCAAAGUAUAUUUUUCCCAUGUUUAGUCCUCUGAAAACAUCUUUCUAACACUGAAUUUCUUCCAGUAAUCAGUGGUUUCCCUUACCACAGAAUGUAGCAGAGGUUUGCCAAACAGAGUCUACCAAGGCCAUUUUGAUCCCUAUGCUAGGCACAUGGCCCACCUGUUAAGAUCAGCUAUUGGGAAAGUCAGCCCAGAUGGAAACACCUGUUUUAAACCUGAAGAGCGCCAUAUCAUUUUUUCCUCCUUCAAAGAGCAAUCCAGUUUUGGUCUGCCCAAGGUUAGCAUUUGGCCCUGUGGUGCUCCUUAACAUUAAAAGUCUAGAUGGUCUUUGGCUGUCCCCUAGCAAUACCUACUUUACUGCUUUUUAUUGUUGAUGAAGGGUUGGUGCUGUUCCCAUAGCUUGGGCAAUUAGUUUAUUCUUAACUUUUCAUUUCUGUUGUGUAAUCACCCAGCCAGGCCAAAUCAUCCAGCCUUGGGGAAGGUUUUGGAGAUUUCAUCCCAUGAUUUUUUUGGGCCUAUGGUUUGGUCCAGCUCACCCAAGGUAUAGUGAGGUUCUGGGGAGUGAUUAUCUUUGCCCUUUUGGUUAAAAUUUGAGGAUCCAAAACACUACUUUGCAAUGACAUGAGAAUCCCAGGAAGAGGUAUAGCAGUCAUUAGAUUUCAAGUGUAGAAAUUGUUUCUCAUAGGUCAGGUCAAAGGAAAAAUCCAUUUAUAUCCAUGAGCCCAUCCUUUGAUUUAGAUUUUUAGAGUAAAAGUUCUAAUGUUGAGGUCUGUGGCAAGGCAGAGAGGAAAGGUCCAGACAGUAUUCCUGUUUCGUGCUAGCCUCACCCACUAGUCCUAAAAGUCAUGUUUUCAGAAGCAGAUGUUACCACUCUCACAACCAAGAGCAUAUGCUCCUGGUUGGGUGCCACUGUCCCCCUGCCCAAGUAAUCGUGAUGGAUUUGCAUUGAGUUGUCCAUAUUCUGUCCACAUUAAUGUAUACCAGCGUUUUAUUCAACAAAUAUUUUGGCCCUGAGGAUACAAGUUCAAAAAGAUGCAGUCCUGUCCUCAAAGAACUUUUGUCCUGGUGUGGGUGAGAACUGACCAUUAAAUGGUUUAGUGUAGUAAGUGCUAUGAACAGGGGUACACAUCUGAUUUGGGGUCACAGCCAACCGGCUGAUGUAAUUGGUGUAGUUCGUGGUCCUAGCAUAGGAGAGUGACAUUAGUUCAUACAUGGAAAAGACCUGUAUUCCUUGGGUGAACUGAGCUAACUGGUCUAUAAAAAGACUAUAAAAAGGUUUGUUUUUUUCCAGAAAAUAGUAUAGCUAAGGGUUACUUAGAAAUGCUGUGAUUACUGAGAGAAACAUUGAUAGGUUUUUAGGGGAGAUUGAGAACCCCUAAUUUUCGUCUCUUUUAGGCUCUUUGCCAAAGUAUUUAAUGGUAUAGUUAAUCAUUGCUUCUGGUAACAGGUCAGAAUUGGGAUCUUUCUUAAGGUCAGACUGUUUCUUUAUGGGGCUAGGCCCCACCGUAGGCUUCCCUAGAUCUACUGAAUCAAGAACUUGAGGUUUCCAUAUAAUUGACACAAAUCUGCUUAGAAAUCAUUGCCUUGCAGUGCUGAAUUUACAUUGCCCAGAAUAGAUGCUAAGUGUUAGUGGAUAGGCCCAAAGCCUUUUUAGCAUACCUCUUGUCUUUGGAAAGUAUUAACUAUGUUGCAGGUACAGUUAAAUAUUAUAUUAUUAUGGAUUCUGUAACAACUUUUUUUCCUCUAGGACAUUUUAUCAGACAUGCUGACAUUUUUUCAAUUUCUGAUUCCUUUUGGAGGGAUUAACAUGAGGCUGGCCUUGAGGCCAGGAAGAAGAAAAAAGUAUUUAUCUCUGCCUGAGUAAUUGAAAGGUGACUAACUUUGGAAGUUAGAAUUCCCAGAAAUUGAGUAACUGUUCUGGAAAGUUAAAAUGCGAAGUUUCUUUGGAUAGCCUCAUAAAAACAAUUCUAGCUUAUUUUUGCCUGUGCCGAACUUCUUGAAUUUUAAUCUACCUCAUCUUAUCUUCUUAGAGUUACUUUAACUUCUUGUCAUUGCCACUUUAAUAUGCUUGAUGUUGGUUAUUUUCUAAGAUGAAAUUUUUCCUUUUCAGUGACAGCAUGUUUUCUUGCCUUUUAAUCCUGAUGCUCAUUUCACCUAAUGUCAUCUAAUCACUCCUCUGUCAAAGAAAUAUUUUUAAAUAAUUUUAAAUCUUGGUUUGUGGGAAGAAAGUGAUCGUCCAAUGCUGCAGUAAGAGAGGAGUUAAAACAAGGUGGUGGGGGAGGUGAAUGGUGAUCAUCCCAGGAACCUGUACUGGAGGCAGCCGACAAGGAAAGAGCCAUUAAUUAAGACAAUUUCAAAGUCAACUGAUUGUGAUCAUUAAUGUCACAAUAGAUCAAAACCUAAUUAUCACAGCCUAAGUAAGAGCCAUCAGUAUUAAUCGGAAAAUCUAAUAGGAAACUAUUACCAAGAAAUUAGGCCAAAUUGAAUGCAGUGAACUUUUUAUCUUGUCAUUCUCUAUUUUUUUGUGAUGUCCCCUGGCAUUGACAGUAUGACCCUAAGAAUUGAUCCAGGCCCGGUCUUGAACUUUCUCACCACUUAGACUUGUCCAGUGUGAUCACAUGGUUAGUGAAGGAAAGUUUAUGCACAGGCCUUAGAAUGGUUGGUCCUUCUUGGAAAUGGAAUAUCCCUGGAGAUCAUUAUUCUGUGUGUGCUGAUAAAUUGUUCUUUGAGCUUCCGUUGUAUGUAGAAUCCUGCUGCAUGGCUGCUGUCAGGAAGUAGGGAAGAGAGAAGAGGCUUCCUGUCUAGAGAUUCUUUGAGAAGACCUGAAAAGUUUAAUCGUGUCCCAACACUCAUGAGGUUCAAAGUCAGUGUUUUGUAGUUUCCAGUAGCUUUAGCAUUUGAUUCUAAACCAGGCCUGGCUGUGGGUUUAUUCCCCUGUUUUAGGAUAAAGGACAUAAUGAUUUCCACCAGACUCCAGAGUAAACCCAAAGAAAAGGUAUCAGCUGUCUUACUUUUGCCUUGACAAGAAUUAUGCCUCUGGCAGGAGGAAAGAAUAUUAACAAGAGUAACGCUCAUCCUCUCCCCCUGGGUAGAAAAAUGGAUCACCACUUACAUCCUUAAUCUUGAGCUGUUUUUGAAGAUGCUGCAACUCUUGAAAUUGAGCAGAAGCAGAAAGGGAAGAGAUGCUGCCCUCUGAGUAUUGUGGGGAGGGAUGAGAAGCAGCAGGAUGGUGUUUGUGAUGCUGAGAUUCUGAACACUACUAGCUUAGUGCUACCACUGCUGCUGCUGCCACCACUCCCACCACCACUGUUGCUGUCCUUUCCCCACCAGUUGUGCAGCUGAGGGCACUGCCAAGACCACCAUGGGGGAAAUGGCUCUUACUCUUUCUGCUUGAGUGUAGUCUUGCUUCAUUAUGGAUUUUAGGGAUUUGGGUUACUCAAUACAGAAUUUUGAGAAAUGAUUUUUAGUCCUUCGCCUCUCAGGAUAGAUUUGAAAGAGUAUGAUGUAUAAAAUUUUGAAUUAAUGGGAGAUAGAAUUAGGAAUGAGGUUCAAGGGGGCUUUUCUUUACAAAAGAAUUCACAUCAGGGUUCUUGUGAAUAGGUAAUGCCCUUAAAGUUCAAAGUGUAAUUUUAUUUUUAAAACAUAUUAACACAUGACUUUCAGAAGUAGUUUGUUUCUCCAAGCCUCCUUGCUUUAUACUAAAUGAAGAGGCCCUCAGUUAAUACUUUGGAGUUGUUUGAGUUCUCUAGUUCGUAGGGUGAGGGUACCUACCAGUUUAGUUCUUUUCGUCCCCAACUGCACCCUGAGAAAUAAAAUGCUCUAGGAAGUGGAACAAGGUUUUAAGUGGAUGCUGACCAUUUCUGCCUACCUCCUCAACUGACUGACUCAUAAUGGCUGACCUUGGGCAAGUCACUCCUUUCAAUGCCUCAGUUCCCCAUCUGUCAGAUGGGGGUGAUAAUACUGACCUACCUCACAGGGGUGUUGUGAGGCAUUGUAAAUCAAAGCCAAUAAAAUACUUUAGGGUCCUUGAUAAAGGAUGCCUUGAGCUGAAGUCUAAGCCUGACACAGGCUUUAGUCCUUACUUUAGGGUCCUUGAUAAAGGAUGCCUUGAGCUGAAGUCUAAGCCUGACACAGGCUUUAGUCCUCACAUGGAGCUGUCUCCAAGGUUGGAACUGAGUGACCUUGGCAAAUCCUUUGCCCCCACCCCCACCCCUCAUCAAAGCUGCUAGUUCACAUGUUGACAGUGUUUUUGUGAAUGUUGGAGCCCAGACUAAACUUAGGAAGUUGUGGGGGAAGGCACUUAGUAUUUUCAAUGUCUUGCAUCCACAAAGAGAGGCUGUUUCAGAUCCAGGAGCAUUGGAUUAGGGAAUCGUGAGGCAGAGGUGCUACUGCUUGUUUCUCUUCUGAAGGUUGGGAAUUAAGGUCCCAUUCUCCCUGGGCUUGAAGCAGACUUAGUGUGUCCCAGGAGCAAAGCCACCCUCAAAGGUUUUGAUUUUCAUCAUUGUUGACCAUUCCCCGGACUGAUCCCAGAACAGCUGGGUCACUGCUCCCUUUUGUGGUAUCAGUACCCAAGCCUCCACCUCCUUACAGGAACCACCUGCUUCAAAAAACAACCAUCUCCUUCAUGUCCCACCACAUAAGAGCCACAUUGGGAAAUUUUUUUUUUUCUAGGAAUGUGUUUUAACACUCAAAAUUGGGCAUUGAUAUUCCUUAAAACUUCAUCUGGUUCACUGUAUUCAGUAUCUGUCAUCUCUUUCUCAGUGUCCACAGUCUGAACCUGACUUUGACCUUUUCUCCCUCCAGCUUGGGAACACUUUGGACACUGGAGCCUUACUCUUUCCAUCUCAGUUUAGGGGCUCAACCGACUCCUCUUCCCAAUAGGGCUCUCUUCUCCUUUCCUCUCCUUGGCCCUAGAUUUGUAACCCAUGAAAAGCACAAGGUCCUGGUCCCUUGGCUGUCACAUUUGGUUCUCUAUUUUGUGGACUCUGCUCCCAUUAUUUCCAGCUCUGGUCAUACCAGACAGUUCUGUGGAGUCCUGGAGUAUGGGGCGGGCACAGUCUGACAUCUUGCCAAGUAGUCAGGAGUUGACUUGCCCAUGGCCUGUUGGCCUCCCCACUACUUCCCACAAGAUGCUAUCUAAGAGGUCCAUGAGGUUGGGUUUCUUUCCACACCCUGUACCAUCCUGAGUAGCAAAUCAUACCUUGUAGCCAGAUUUCUAAAUGGAAAAUGGGCAAUUGAAUUCUCUAUGGAUUAUUUUGGUUUGUGGGGGAGUUUAGGUUGUGUUUCUUGAUUUUAUUUCAGCCAAACAUGUCUGCUUUUGAUUUUGUUAAAGGAUAAGUGAUAUAUAUAUAUGUUCAUCUUUUAAAUGUAAAUGUUUAAAAGUAGGCAUUUAUGUGUUUCCACAACUGACAUCCAAUGCAGACCUCAUGCUCUCCCCCUCUUCCACCCUCUUUUCCCUCUUUUCAUACUCUUGUAUUGGUUCUAAUAAAUGGUUGCUUUUCAAAUA